AUGCGUAUCUUUGUAUGCCUUAUGUUAUGUUGUCUUAUGCUUUCAUGUGAAGCUCAUCAAUGUCUAAAUAAAGUACGAAAACGAUCUGAAAUUGUAAAUACACUGAAAUGGACAGAUAAUACUGUACCUUAUGUAAUUACUGAUGUAUUUAAUGAAGCUGAUAAAAAACUAAUUGUUGAUAGUUUAGCAGAGAUGACUCAACUGACAGGCGGUUGUAUCAAGUUUGUUCCACACACCAGUACUGAUACCAAUUGGGUAACUGUUGUUGAUGGACAUGGAUGUUUCGCAGCCGUUGGUAUGCAGGACACACCAGGUUCUCAAGAUGUAAUGCUUAUGAGACCUAAUUGUGUAGAAAAAAGUACAAUAAUGCACGAGUUUCUUCAUGCUCUCGGUUUUGAUCAUGAACAAGCCCGACCAGAUAGAGAUACAUAUGUAAAAGUUAUUUAUGAAAACAUCCAACCUAAAUAUAAAUAUGCCUUCGAUAAAAGUGGUACAAGUGGAUUUUGGAAUCUAGAUGUAGCUUACGAUUAUAAUUCUGUCAUGCAUUAUGUUUACAAUGGUUUUAGUACAAAUUGUUUACCAAACAUAGUACCAAUUUCAAAAGAAGCACAAAAAUGGCGAUUCACAAUGGGAAAAAGUCCUACUAUGACUGAAUUAGAUGUUUUCAAGCUUAAGAGAGUAUAUGGUUGUCCCAAUUAA